AUGGACAACAAUUUAAGAAGUCCGACGUCAGUUAAAGAUACAGAAGAAACAAAGCAAGCGAAAGUGACCAGCGAUAUUAUUAAAACAUCCAACGAAACAGAAGAUGCCUCAUUACGAAAGGUGACAUUGCUAGACAUUAUUAACUAUUAUAACUUUAUUCCUUUGUACACAAUUCGAAUACCAAGCAACAAUAAUCAUAUAUCAAACUUUUCCGCUCUUUUCUAGAAAAUCUCGGAUAUCUGUUCGACUCUCGUGACGAGCCACCAAGAGCAGCAAGUGAACGACAUAUCGAAAUUACCAGCCAUUGAAGAUCUUUGUGAAAUCCUAAAACAACUUUCAAGUAUGUGGGAUAUAUAGUGAAAUAUAAGUGAUGUUUUUAUGAUAAUGGGUUACAAAAAUAUCCGAUCAUGACCGAUAACCUGAAACUAUUAGUCAUUCAUUAGGUUAGAGUAUGGAUAAUUGGAUCUUGAUUUAGGGUCAGUUCACAUGAUACCGAUCGAGUAAUCUCGGGCUUCCGAGAUAACUUGAGGGCGAUCAAUGUCAAAGUUAGCUCUGUUAUCACGGGGGUCAAGGAUAUCUAAGAAUAGAAACAAGUCUUCGGUUUGUCCAAGACUGCCCAAGUUUGACCUAAAUUAAUUAAUAACGUGAUUUGAUUGACACCUCGAGAAAGUUUGACCCAAGUUAAUUAAUAACGUGAUUUGAUUGACACCUCGAGAAAGACACGCGCGAGAGUGAUUGUGGUUUCUAUCUUUGGGAGUUUUAAAUAAAGUUAAGUUUGUUCAUUUUGAUCAAAUAAUCUGUAGUUCCCAUUAGUAAGGGACAACUAAAUCUUUGUGGCGAAAAGAUGGUAGAGAGAGGCACAAUUUGAAUUAUGAAAAGAAGCGGUUCGAAUUGUCCGUAGGAGACGCUGUCCUCAUUUGUGUUAUUCUAAUUUCUAUCAACUUAAAUUAUUAAUUAGAAUUAUUUUCAAAUCCCAGGAGGAAAAUAACUAGCACAGACAUUGAAAUGCUAGUAUUAUGCAGCAGAAUUAUGCAAAUUAUAGUGUUUGCAGGUUUUUUUGAUACACCUUGUAUAAAACAAUCUGGGAAUAGGUUUUCAAAUAUUAAGCACAAAUUAGGCUUCUCGAUAUUACAUUGUAACAUCCGUAGUUUACCAAAAAAUCUAAGCUUACUAAAUGAUGUGCUGCUAAUGGUAAAAGAGUUGCCGAAUAUUAUUGCAAUUACUGAAACAAGGCUUGAUGAAGAUAGUCAUCACAAUAUUAGAAUUCCCAGUUAUAUUUUUUGGGAGUUAAGUCCAAAACUUCAGCAGGAGGUUUUAAUUGGGUUUUAUAUUUCGGAGAACAUUAAUUUUCCCAGAAGAAAUUAUUUACAUCUUGCUCUCACUGAGGGUGUUGAAAAUUGUUGGAUUGAAAUCCAAAGAACUAUAAACAAAAAAACGUAGUCAUCAGUUGGAUGUAUAUGUAUAUAGGCACCCAUCGCAAAAUCGCGAAACUUUUCACGAAGCUAUAUCGAAACAAAAUUAGAUUUAUUACAUGAUGAAAACUGUGAGGUUUACAUAGCAGGUGAUAUAAACAUAGACUUUUUAAAAUACCAUACAGACAAUAAAACAUCAGACUAUUUUGACACGUUACUAAAUCUAAGUUUUUUUCCAAUAAUUACUAAAGUUACUCGAAUUACCGGCCAUACUGCCACACUCAUUAACCAUAUCUAUACGAAUUGUCCCCCAAAAGUGGUUAAAUCUGGUGUACAUGCCUUGUGGUUAUGUCAGAUAAUUUACCUGGGUUUUUUGUACCAUUGAAAAUAAACUUCCAUUUAUACAAGAAAGGAAAUACUAUAGAGAAAUGAAUAAAUAAACUACAAAUAAACUCUUCCAUAAAAAUAGAUGCUGUACUGCUAAAUAAGACAUAUGCAUGAUAACUUAAUUCGCACUUCCUAAAUGUCGGUCUAAAUUUUACUGCUCAAAUACCCGAUUGCAUGCAAUGAUACAAAUUUGGUCCAGUUUAUUAGAAGGUCAUUAAUAAGGACAGUUUUAUGUUCUGUGCAGUAUGUGUCAGUCACAAAUUAAAGUGCGGCACAUAUUGCAUGGACUAAAAUACCAACAAAUCAUCAAUUGAUAUCCCACAAAAAUGUAUUAAACUUGCUGCUGAUCACAUUAGUGAUGUACUUACAGCAGUGUUUGGCAAUUAUCUUGAACAGGGAAUUAUGCCUGACAUUUUUAAAGAUAUCUAGACUAACGCCUAUAGAUAAAGGUGGUAAUAUCACUGACCCAUCAAACUUUAGACCUAUUCCUACACUAUAUUUUUUCGCACAAACCUUUGAAAAGUUAGUGCUCACAAAUUUCGAGUUACCUGGAAAAACAUAACAUUUUAAGUAAGUUUCAAUUUGGUUUUCGAAAAGGUGGAUCAACAGAACAUGCUGUAGUGGAGAUAACUGAUGAUUUCAAAAAAGCGAUUGAUAAAAAUCUUUACACGUGUGGAGUAGUUCUAGAUUUUUCCAAAGCGUUUGAUAGGGCCUACAGUUAA